AUUCAAUAUGUUUUAUUAAUUAUAUUUUAUUGUAUUUUAUCUUUUAAUUAAUAAAAUGAAUAUCUUAAUGGUUAAUACUUUAAUUUUUUUUUUACAUUUAAGCAUUUUGAUUUACAUCACUACAGCAGCUGAACUUGGUAUAUCAUCAUGUAGGUAUUUAGGUCAAAUUGAUCCCGCCAAUGAACGUUGUCAUAAAGAUGCAGUGAAGUUGGCUAAAAUUUCAGCACCAUGUACAGCAUUUGUUUUUGAUGGAUUAACAUGUGAUGAAAAUUAUUUAAUUGGUCCUUCCUAUGAUCCAACGGAUUUAGACGUCAUAAAAAAUCUUGUAGAUUUUAGCCCUAAUGUGUUUUUAUAUUAUGGUCAUAAAGACAUACAAGCUUGGUCAAAGGCACUUGAAAAUGAAACUGAUUUUAAAGAAAUUCCAAAUAUAAAAAACUUUGUUAUCGAAUUUCCUGUGGAAGGAUUAAUUUUGAAGAAUAUGGGUUAUGACUAUACAGUUACUCAAGAUUUUCAUAUCCCUGCCCAUUUUUUCGUUCAUGUUUAUAACUAUGUUAAAGCAAUUAAAACUGCAAUUCCUGAUUUGAAAGUUGGGUUGCAUGUGGAAGCACUAGGCAUGAUGUUUUAUGAUGAUAAUAGAACGUCUUCGGAUUGGUAUGAUUUUACAACAUUAAACGAAGUUAUGGAUUACUAUGUGAUUGGAUUCGAUAAUUUUAAUCCAUGUACAGAUGAAUUUUUAAAUGGUGGAAUUGUACCUUAUGAGUCAUCAAAUCCUAGUGCAACUACUUUAUAUCAAUUUAAAUAUAUUUUUAUUGAAUCCGCCAUUGCAAAGGACAAAGUUUAUUUUGAAUUUUCAAUAAAUCCUACAGUGAAGGCAGAAAAACAACAAGAAUUUUACUCAUGUGAAAUAUCAUACAACGAGUAUUGUGAAAAUCCAACAUAUAAAGAGUUCAUGUGUGUCGAUAAUCAGGACACAUUCUUCGAAAAAGGAAAUUUUACUAGAGAAUUUGCAAAGGGAUUCAUAGCAAGGUAUAUAGAUUUAGUUGAUCGCGAUCUAAAAUGUGAAUGUAAUCAUGAUAAGUAUGUAACGUUUACUAUGAUGUUAAAUGGUUAUAAUAAUCAGGAAAAGGUAACCUGUGCUAAAUUAAAUGGCAGCUGAGUAAUUUAAUUAUUUAUUAUUGUCAAAUACUACAAUUGCUGAUAUAUUAUUUUAAAAAAAAAAUAUUUAUUUGAAUGAAUACAAAACUAUUGUCUUGUACUAAUUAAAACAUAAGCAUUUAAGUAUUAGAUUAUUUAAAUUAGUUUAUUAUAUGUAUAAUAUAUUAUUUAAAAGUAGCUUGUGUACUUAGAGUAUAGGUUAAAUGUAGUAAUGGAUAACUAAAUUUGUAGAAAAUAUGAAUUAACUCAUACACAUAUAUAAAAUGAACCAAGUAUAGUUGUCGGGCAUAAUCCAAAUUGUAGUUUUAAAAUACUCGUAAAAUAUAAAUAUAAUAUCCUUUUUAAUAGAUAGAGUAGAAUAAACGUUAUUGACUAAAAUCAAGUUUUUUCACUGAAAAUCCUUGGGUUGCGAUGGAUGUGCAGAUAUGGCAUAUGGACCAAUUAUGAUUAAAAUGGAAGUUAUAUAGUUUUUACUUUAUUAGUUUUUCCCGUAGUUUUCUCAAAUUUAAAACUACAUUUUCCGAUUCUAAAUUAUAUUAUACCUUAUUGAGAGGUUUUUAGGAAUUUUAAUAACUGGGAGAGUGCAUACUAAAAAGAAAAUUAUUAAUCCUAUUGGAGAAUUUAUUUAUUAAAUAAUUAUAGUAGUAUUUAUAGUACGGCCAACGAAAAGUGAUUCGCGAUCGUUUCGGACUUACAUGUGGUUUUUUAUUAGGGUUACUCCAAUUAUUUUCUCGCGUAAAAUGCAAUAAAAUAUUUAUUAAAAUAUUAAAUUAGCUCUUUUAUUUAGUUUGGUUAAGAAAUAAAAUAGUUAUUCACAACUUGACUGGUUGUAUUGAAACUUGUGUACUCGGAGUAUGUUUUUAAUGCUACAAUUUGCUAUUUUGUUAUUCAUUAUAGUUAUAAUUUAUAACUAAGUAUAAUUGUAGGUAUCUAAAGUAAUAACUAAUACAUUUAAUAAAAAAAAAGUACAACAAA